GGGUUCGGGGUGAGAGUUAGGGUUUUAUCAAAUCAAAGAUGAAUCAUCUUUCAAAAUGUUUACAGAGAACAGCAAGGAGUUCAAUUCAUAGAUAUAAUUAUCACAGUAGAUGUUUUUCAGCUCAACCAAUCUUAAACACUCACGAUGAUGAUUACCAGAACCAGGUAUUGGUGGAAGGAUCAGCAAGAUCAAGAUCUGCAAUACUUAACAGACCUGAAACACUUAAUGCACUCACUACAUCAAUGGCUGUUCGUUUGAAAAACCUUUAUGAAUCUUGGGAAGAUAAUUAUGAUAUUGGUUUCAUUGUCAUGAAGGGUAAAGGAAGAGCAUUUUCUGCUGGUUCAGAUGUUGUUACUCUCUCUCGACUACUUAAUCAAGGGAAAGUACAAGCUUGUAAGGAAUUUUUCGGGACGUUGUAUAGAUUUAUAUAUCUUCUGGGAACGUAUGUCAAGCCACACGUUGCAAUCAUGGAUGGUAUUACCAUGGGGGCUGGAGCUGGAGUUUCACUCCCCGGAUCAUUUCGUUUGGUCACUGAUAAAACUGUGUUUGCAACUCCGGAAUGCCAACUUGGUUUCCAUCCUGAUGCUGGGGGUUCCUAUUAUCUUUCUAGACUGCCUGGUCAUUUAGGGGAGUACUUGGCUUUAACUGGGGAGAGACUGAAUGGAGUAGAUAUGAUUGCUUGUGGCCUGGCUACACAUUAUAUACUUAAUGAGAGACUUGCCUGGAUUGAAGACCGACUCGCUAAAUUGAUUACUGAUGAUUCUUCCGUCAUUAACUCAUCUCUUGAGCAAUUUGGUGACAUUGUCUAUCCAAAUAAAGAGAGUGUCCUUCGUAGGAUGGAGAUAAUUGAUACAUGUUUUGGCCAGGAGACAGUUGAGGAAAUUAUUGAGGCCUUGGAGAACGAGGCGUCUUUAACCACUCAUGAUGAAUGGUAUACAAGAACACUUAAGAAAUUGAAAGCAGCCUCGCCACUAAGCUUAAAAGUCUCUCUAAGAUCUGUGCGAGAAGGUAGGUUCCAGACUCUAGACAAAUGCCUAGCUCGUGAGUAUCGGACGUCCCUGAAAGUUAUUUCCGGACAGUUCUCCAACGACUUCUCUGAGGGUGUUCGUGCACGUUUAGUGGAUAAAGAUUAUACGCCCAAGUGGGAUCCUCCAAGUUUGAAGGACGUAUCUAAAGACAUGGUGGACAGUUAUUUCAACCCACUAGGUGACUUCGAACCUGAACUGGAGUUACCCACGACAGUACGAGAACCCUACAUAUGAUGCAAUCAGCAAAUUCUGCAACAUCCCAUCUUUCACCGUCGUGGAAGUGACUUUUUCGGUGUUUUGGGGAUGCUAGGGUGGUGACGAGACUUCUGUUGUAUUUAUGAAAUUGACAAAUUCUGUUAGGAAUCUUUUUACACUUCAAAUUUUUUGCCAGUUAUCAUGUCAAAACAUGACCAGGGUUAGGUUAGGCCUAUAGAGGAUGUUGUGUAACUUAAGUGCCAUGAUAUUAAACAGAGAUGGAGCGGGUUGGUUAAACAGUGUUACAGAGAACUGGAAGCGAAUAAUAACAUGCCUCUUGUAAGAUGUUUUAUGCCAAUCUGUAAGCAGUUCCCCUUAACAGGUCUUUACCUGACGAAAUGCAAAUCUUGGGGUUGAAUUUACUUGUA